UGAUUCCGUAAUUUAGCCAAUUUAAAAACGAACAAAACUUUUAAUUAACUAAAUUAAGAAUAGUAAAGUAACUUAACGUAAUAAUAUAAUAAAACUCUGAAAAAAACUGCUGCAUUUUUUAAAUAAAUUAUGAUGUUCAUAUGUUAUUCAAGAAAUAAAAAAGAUGCAGCCAAGUUAAAAUGAUUAAUAUUCAAAGAUGACAUCAAAGUCUGAUUUAAAAAGACAUAUCCCACCGCUAUAUGGUUGGCGGGUUAAUCUUGAUCAUGAGUUUUCAGAAAAACCCAAAGUGUUUGUGUUUCCACGACUGUCACAAGCAAGAAAGCUUGCAGGGAUGGCAUUCAGAUACAUGAAGUUUACUCGAAAAGUCAAGAAAAAAGGAAAAUUGCCAUUUAUUGAUCCUUAUGCUGUUUCUGCUUGCAAGCAAAUAUAUGGUGUACCUUUGGGAGGUAUUGGAGCUGGUUCUAUUGGUAGGGGAUGGAAAGGUGAUUUUAACAGGUGGCAACUAAGACCUGGAAUAUACACUUAUGAUACUGUGGAUGUUAAUCAGUUUACCGUUUGCAUAAGAAAAUGUGGAAAAACAAUUUAUCAGCAAGUUUUAGCUCCUUAUUAUCCUGUUGCAAUAAAAAAUGUUGAAAGCUUGCAAUCCUGGACAUGGUCUUUUGAUGGUGGAAGAGGAUAUUAUCAUGCUUUAUAUCCACGUGCGUGGACUGUGUAUCAUAUUACAGAACAUAAUAUUAAGUUAACUUGUCGACAAGUUUCUCCGAUUUUUCCAGACAAUUACAAGGAUACUAGUUUACCUGUUGGUGUUUUUGUUUGGACAAUAGAGAAUAUUGGAAUGCAUGAUCUUGAUGUCUCUAUUAUGCUGACAUUUCAAAAUGGUGAUGGGACAAAUGAAGAUUGCGUCGGGGGUCAUAACAAUGAAGAGUUCUUUUGUAAAGGUGUUUAUAGUGAGAUACGUUUGCAAAAGGAUGAAAGUAAUGCUUCUUUUAAAAUAAAAAAUCUAUUAAAUGGUUUCACAAGAUCAGACAAUGUUAAAGUACAGGCCAAUCAAUACCCAAAUUCCUUUGAUGAUAGUUUUGUAGUUCUUUCUGACAGUGAUGAUGAUGUCACUCAUUUUGAGCCAAAGAUUGAUGUUUGUCAUAUUUUUGAGAAUAAAACUUGUGCUUCACAAAAAUUAUGUCAUAAUAAUGACAGUAAAAAUUCAAGCGCUGUUGAUAUUGAUAUAAAUUUGGUAGAUUUACCUAAAGACGAUCAGAAAGUGUCUGAAAAAAAAAUCGAAAAUUGCUGUAACAAUUUAAUGACAAAUUCUGAUAAUAACUUUUUACUUCAUGAAAUGUGUGAAAUACAUAAUGUACGUGGUGUUUUAAUGAAACAUAAUGCUCUCAAAAAACGUUUUACUCUUGCAAUCGCAGCUUUGCAAGUUAUACAUAAUACAAUAGAUGUUGUUCAAGUGAGUACAAAGGUUGCUUUUGAUGCCCAAUCACCUGCUGCUGAACUGUGGGAAGAUCUUAAUGAUGAUGGUGUUUUAGAUAACAAAAGAGGUGAUAGCUGCUAUUCUUAUCCUGGGCAAUUAUUGGCAGCAGCUGUAGCUGCUAAAACAACUGUUCAUGCCGGAGCAAAGCAAGAUUUGAAAUUUGUUUUAUCAUGGGAUCAACCAUUUGUUACUUUUGGAUCAGAUAGUGGAUUAAGUUAUUGCAGACGAUAUACACGUUUUUUUGGUUCAAAUGGAAACGCUUCACCUUCCUUAUGUUGCUAUGCAUUACAAAAUAUAGAUUAUUGGGAAGAUAAUAUUGAACGCUGGCAAAAUCCAAUUCUUAAUGAUAGUGAACUUCCUGCAUGGUUUAAAUCUGCUUUGUUUAAUGAACUAUAUUUUAUCAGUGAUGGAGGAACUGUAUGGCUUGAUAUAAAACGAAAAAAAGACUCGCAUGGAAACUUUAUUUCAGAUUUAGUAAAACUUUAUGGCAGGUUUGCAUACCUAGAAGGUCAUGAGUAUCGAAUGUACAAUACAUAUGAUGUUCAUUUUUAUGCAUCAUGGGCACUUGCUUUGCUGUGGCCUAAUCUUCAGAUUAGCAUGCAGUAUGACAUAUGUAACAGUGUGCUUAACGUAGAUGAUGAAAAACGACCCAUAAUGAUGGAAGGUGGAAUUGCACCUAGAAAAGUGAUUGGGUGUGUUCCUCAUGAUCUUGGUGAUCCAGACGAUGAGCCAUUUGUACGUGUAAAUGCAUAUUGCAUUCAUGACACUUCGCAAUGGAAAGACUUAAACCUUCAUUUUGUGCUGCAGGUCUACCGAGAUUUUUAUAUUACAAAAAAUAAACAGUUUUUAAUGGACAUGUGGCCAGCAAUGAAGGCUGCCAUGGCUCAUUCGCUUGCCCAAGACAUUGAUGGUGAUGGUAUUAUUGAAAAUUCUGGAAUAGCAGAUAGUACAUUUGACACUUGGGUUGUUACUGGCCCGAGUGCAUACACUGGGGGAUUGUGGUUAAGCGCUUUGCGAUGUAUCAUUGAAAUUGCUCAUAUUUUGGGACUAUCACAAAGUAUUUCUAAAUAUAAAAGCAUCCUUGAACGAGGAAAAAAGUCUUACGAAAAAAAGUUAUGGAAUGGUACAUAUUACAAUUAUGAUGGAAGUGAAAAUGAUUACCAUAAUUGUAUCAUGGCAGGACAAUGUGCUGGACAAUGGUACUUACAUGCUUGUGAUCUUGGACAAACAGAGGAUGAUCUGGUAUUUCGUCCUGAGCAAGUUCAUAGUACACUGAAAGUCAUCUUUCAAAACAACGUAAUGCGUUUCGAGGAUGGUUUUAUGGGUGCUGUAAACGGAAUGCGCGCUGACGGAACGGUUGACAAAAACAGUCUCCAAGCAGAGGAAGUUUGGACGGGGGUAACAUAUGCUUUAGCUGCAACAAUGAUUCAGCACGGUAUGGUGCGAGAAGGUUUUCGUACCGCUGAAGGAAUAUACAGAACAGUAUAUGAAAAGUGGGGACUGGGUUUUCAAACCCCUGAAGCUAUUACUGCUAACAAAACAUUUCGAAGCCGUGGCUACAUGAGGCCACUAAGCAUCUGGAGUAUCUAUCAUGCAUAUAGCAAAAGAGUAAACUCUCAUAAGGGUGAAUCGUAAAAAAAAACUAUGAAAUUAGUGAACCAUUUAUUUUUUAUUUGCUAGAUUAUUAUAUAAAUUAGGCUAUUUAAUUUGUAAUUGGAUUUUAAUGUAU